AUUAAAAGAAGUGUCUUUUAUUCAUCUUUUUAUACUUCCAAGUUCACGGACAUCGCCCGGAGCACGAGUGGUGUUCAGUACAAGCCCAAGUUAGAGAAAGGAGCUGUUGUAGGCACAUGGAAUGUUGUGCUACAGCAAUGCAGAUCACUCAUACUUCGUCCUCUGUCUGAUAUCUGCCACUCACAGGAGGAUCAAGGGUCACCGAGUCACAGAUGUCUUGGGGGUGAAGAUGAUGGUGAUGGUGAGUGCCCUCCACCUUGGUCCAUUCUCACUGCUCAGUCCUGGAAAGACACCUCAACUUGGCUGUUACUUCCCCUGAGAAUCCUCUCCUGGUUCCCCAGCCCUGGGUUAGAUUUCCCUCCUUUUGGACCCUCACAGCGCUUUUCACUCUGUACUGAGCCCUUCGCUGGCUCUUCUGUGCCUGCCCCCUUCCCAUGAAAGCAUACUGACCCUUGCUUACCCCUGGACUCCCAGCACCCGGCCCCCCAUGUAAGUUACAGCUAGAGAAUCCGUGUGCAUUCGUCAGGACAUUCCUGUAAACAAACUCUAGCUUCCAGGACCCUCAACGGAAAGUUUGGCAGUGCAUUCUCCAGGAAGAGCGAGAUGGGCCUAUAACUGAUUCUGCCGUCCACCUGCUAAUCAGAUCAAAGUUGGUAGCUUCCUGUGAGAAAAUGAGUCAGGCUAUUUUCAUAUGUGUCGGACGGAGCGCAAGCUGUCUUAUGAUUUAGAUGCUUCGUCACAUAUGGAUGCUCGACCAGAGGUGGUCCGGCGGAGGCCCCUGAGGUCAGAGAAGCGCAUUUCGGCCUCAAAGGAGAACCUCUCCUGCUCCGGACCGAUUCGAGGACGUCCCUGGAUUAUGUGAUUCACAGCAGGUCUGCAGUCUUGCCUGGUCUCUGGCAGCAGAGAGAGCACGUGUUGCAGGUUCCCUGGAAGGCAGUGGCUGGAAGCUUCUGAGACUAAGACAACGAAAGCUUUGAGGCGCCGUUCACACCACGAAGUCGGAGCGGUACUUAUUCUGCUAGACAGUGACUGUCAUCACUGAGAGUCUCUGGCCCUGGGUAACGUGCUGCUGGUAUUUUAAGAAACAUUCCUGUACUUCCUCUUUUCACUUCGCUAUCACAGCCGGCCACACUCAGAGGCACCUUGCUCUACUCACUGCCCAGUGCCGGGACCGGCCAAUCCGUCCGUCCCAGAGCAUCCCAGAGCACGCGCCGAUGCUCCUGUGGGCAUCUCUGCUGGUCCUGGCUCCAGUCUGUGGACAGCUUGAAGCUGCGGCCAAACCCGUGAUUUCCCUCCAUCCUCCAUGGACCGUCGUCUUCACAGGAGAGACAGUGACCCUGACUUGUCACGUAUUGCACUUCCACGCUCCAGAGAAAAUAAAACGGUUCCUUUGGUACCUCGAGGGGAGAAUGCUACGCGAAACCCCAGGCAACACCCUGGAGGUCCGUGACUCCGGACAGUACAGAUGCCAGACCCAGGACUCGCUCCCAAGUGACCAUGUGAGCUUGACCUUUUCUUCAGCGAACCUGAUCCUGCAGGCUCCCCCCUUCGUGUUUGAAGGCGACUCUGUGGUUCUGAGAUGCCGAGCAAACGCAGAAAUCACUCUGGAUACCACGACACUGCACAGGCGGGGCGAGGUCCUGAGCGUCUCUGAUGAAAGUUCCGACUUCCGCAUCGAGCAAGCAAGUCUCAAAGACAACGGAGACUAUCGCUGUUCCGGAUUUAAGAAUGGCUGCUGUUCCUACUCUUCCAACACGAUCAACAUCGAAGUCCAAGAGCUGUUUCCACGUCCCGUGCUGACAGCCAGCCUCUCACCAACCGUCUCUGGGAAGUCAGUGACCCUGACCUGCAAGACCCAGCUCCCUCCGCUGAGGUCGGACGUCAAACUCUGGUUCCGCUUCUUCGAAGACGACCACAUGCUGCAGUUGGGCUUGGAAAGCUUUCUGAAAAUCUCGACCCUCACCACGAGGAGCAGAGACCCGCCGUAUUACUGGUGCGAGGCCCAGAGAGGGUCUUCCGGCGUCUGCAAACAGAGCCAGAAAUCCCAGCUACACGUGCAGAUCCCCGUGUCUCGUCCUGUCCUCACCCUCAGCCCCCGUGGGGCCUCGGUUCCUGAAGGACAUACAGUGACGCUUACCUGUAAAGCCGAGAGUGGCUCCUUCCCAAUCUUGUACCAAUUCCUUCGCGAAGAAGUCGUCAUCCAGAAGAUGGAGCCCACUCCGGGCAUGAAGUCCGUCAUGUCUCUGAGGGCAGAGCAUUCUGGAAACUACUACUGCACCGCGGACAACGGCCUGGGUGCCCAACGCAGCCUGCCCGUGUACCUCACUGUGACUGUCCCCGUGUCUCGUCCUGUCCUCACCCUCAGCCCCCGUGGGGCCUUGGUUCCUGAAGGACAUACAGUGACGCUUACCUGUAAAGCCGAGAGAGGUUCGCCUCGCAUUCUGUACAAGUUUUAUCACGAGAAUAUCAGCCUGGGGAGCAGGUCGGUCCUGUCUGCAGGAGGAGUGUCCCUCCGUGUCACCGUGACGGUGCAGGACUCUGGGAACUACUUCUGUACCGCUGACAAUGGCUUCAGGCCCCAGCGCAGUGAGGCCAAGAGCCUCUCUGUCAAAGUCCCAGUGUCCCGCCCCAUCCUCACCAUCAGGAGGCCCAGAUCCCAGGUCGUGGAGGGGGACGUGGUAGAGCUUUACUGUGGGGCCAGGAAGGGCUCUCCCCCCAUCCUGUACCGGUUUUAUCACGAGGACAAUGCCCUGGGGAGCAGCAGGGUCUACAGCAGAGAAGAAGCGUCCUUCAAACUCCCCCUGUCCGCAGAACAUUCUGGAAACUACUCCUGCGAGGCUGACAAUGGCCUGGGAGCUCAGCGCAGUGAGGUGGUGCCACUCAGUGUCAUCGUCCCAGUGUCGCACCCCACCCUCACCCUCAGGGCGCCCGGGGCCCAGGCCAAGGUGGGAGACAUGGUGGAGCUUCGCUGCGAAGCCCAGAGGGGCUCUCCCCCCAUCUGGUACCGGUUUUAUCACGAGGACGUCCCCCUGGGGAACAGCUCGGCCCCCUCUGGAGGAGGAGCGUCCCUCAACCUCUCUCUGACCGCAGAACAUUCUGGAAACUACUCUUGCGAGGCCGACAACGGCCUGGGGGCCCGGCGCAGCGAGGCGGUGCCACUCAGCAUGUCAGGGCUGACCGGGAGCAGAAGUGGCCCCAUUGCUACGGGUGUCACCGGGGGGCUGUUCAGCACCCUGGGCUUUGGGGUCGUGGCCCUGCUGUUGUAUUGCCGGCUCCCAAGGAAAGCAGGAGGAAGGCCGACCUCGGACCCCUCCAGGAGCCCUGCAGACUCCGACGUCCGAGAGCCCGUCUACCGCAAUGCACCAGCCUGGCUGGAACUGCAGCCAGUAUACAGCAAUGUAAAUCCUAAAGGAGGAGAAGUUGUGUACUCGGAAGUCCGGAGGAUUCCGCAGGGGAGCAAACCUGCAGCAAACUCGGACUCCGUGUUAGGGCUCCUCCGGACCCACCUGCCCUCCCACGGCCAGGCCGCCAGCCACCGGCCUUCCGACCCCCCGGGCUCGUCUGUCAUCUACUCCCAGGUGAAGGUGGCAUGCCCCUCGGCCUGCGUGGCUCCUCAAAGCUGAGUCCACACACACGCCCCGUGUCCCAAGCCAUCCUGGGGGCAAGGACAUCGGCACGGGGUGACUUGAACGGGUCCAGGCCCCGUCCCCUGGCCUCUGCCCUCGGUGUGACCAGAGCACGGGACCACGGGACGCUGCCGUUCCCCAAGUGACAGCCCGUGCGCCUCGCGGUCUCUCUGUCUGGUGACGCGUUGCUCCCCCCCGGGGCCAUCCCGUCCCCUGGCUUCCUUAGCGGGCUUCAGCCACGGUCCCUGUUCUGGGUCCCACUCCCAUGCACACGCCAGCCACUCCUAGUGGAGCCUGCUCCUGGACUUCGAGGAGGCCACCUGCCCCCUUCCUGUGGACACCCGUCACCUGUAGAGACCUCCACCAUAGACACCUGCUCCCCCUGGACACCCGCCCCCUCCCCCGGACACCUGCUCCCCUGCAGCUCCUUUCUUCAGUGCUCUUCCGUCUGGUGGGGCUACCGUGGGACUCUACCAAGUGGGGACGGGAGCAGCUGGCUGUGGACCUCCACACCAUGGGGCUGCAUUUCAUGCCCCCCGUCUGCCUGGGACGUUAAGGCCAGCCCCUGACAGCAGGAGAGCUUCUCCCCUGCAUGCGGACCCACACCCCUGCCGGUGGGCUCACAUCCCCUUCCCGUGAGCCCUCCGGUCUGGGUGCAGGAACGCGUCUCACCUGCACAGAGCUCCUGUCCGGAGGCUCGCCCUGAUCCCCGUGAGGAGACCUGCACAUUCCGACAGAGGCACCUCAGAGCAUCGGGGGGACGGAGGAGGCCCGACAGGUGGGAACCUCGACCAGGUUCUGGGUCAAGAAAAAGCCGCAGGAGAAACUUCGGAGGCAGUUAGGGAAAACUGAAUAUGAACUGUAUAUUACUGAUACUAUUGAAUCAAUAACCUGGCAUUACUUUAAGAAUAUUUGAAAAUAUCUGAAAUGCCUUGAAGUGAUUCAGUAAACAUUUUUUCAUGUGCAUGUUA